GUUAGUGUUUGUCAUUCUUUUACCUUUUCUUUUGCAGGUAACCUCCCUGCUGAGUUAGUUUGGGGUUUUGUUUGUUUUGGCCUUGGUUCACCCUGAAGCCUUUUGCUUCACUUUUAGAUAUUGUUUUCAAGAUAUUGUCAUGUAAACUCUUGUACAUUUUACCCCAAAAUGCUUUUUUUUUUUUACAUUUUGAUUAUUUUUUUAUUCAUUUACAUAAUCAAAACUGGUUUAAGAAAAUAUUUGAAGCAUUUUUAACCAUGGAAAUAUAAUUAAGAAUUUUUUUUACGUUUCUUUUUAAAUAAAGUUUUAACACGUGACCCGGAAGUAAACAGCAUGAGGCUUUAGCUAGCUAGCGGCGUUAGCUUGUGUUGAGAGGACGGCGGUGUUUCGUUCGGACGUUCGUGAGGUGUUUGGACAGAAAGGACGAUACGUGGUUCGGGUCCGAACUCUCCAACUUUGGUCGUAAAUGAGUGAAAAAGCGUUGAAUGUAAAGAAGGUGUUUCUGGGAUUGGAGCUGAAGAUCGGAGCUGCUGCAGGAACAUGUCUUCAGAAGCUCAGAGAGAGUCUUUCAGCGAGCACCUUUCUGCUGCUGAAGAAACAUUCAGAGUCUGUGAAGGAACCAUCGUCCAGAAUGAGGAGAACCCCGAGCUUCAACUCCACCUUAUAGUCCUCCCCCAGCAUUGGGUGACAGAAGAGGAAGAACUCUGCAACCGGCAGAGGAACUUCAAAGUGGAACAGAAUGAUCAAGAACCCACACAGACUAAAGAUGAACUGGAGAAAACAGAACUUCUACAGAUUAAGAAGGAGCAGGAAGAACAAGAACCUCCACAGAUAAAAGAGGAACUGGAGGAACCAGAACUUCUGCAGUUUAAGAAAGAGGAGGAAGAACAAGAACCUCCACAGAUUAAAGAGGAACUGGAGGAACCAGAACUUCUGCAGUUUAAGAAAGAGGAGGAAGAACAAGAACCUCCACAGAUUAAAGAGGAACUGGAUGAACAAGAACUUUUACAGAUAAAAGAGGAGCAAGAACAACUCUGCAUCAGUCAGGAUGAAGAGCAACUUGAUCUGAAGCAGGAGACUGAUACCUUGAUGGAGAUUCCUACUUAUGAGGAGAGUGAGAACAGUGAAACAGAUCUAAACGAUCAGCAGGGCUUUAAUGGAACUGAUAGUCAGGAUGAAGAAUUGACUUCAACUACUGAAGAAGAUACAGACCCACAGAACAGAGAUCAGAGGAAGAGAAGAGACAGAAGUCAUGUCCAUAAUGUGGACAACUCUCACAUGUCAGAAAGUCUGUGUGACUCUGAUGUUAGAAAACAUUUCAAGGAGGCAGCUUUGAAUAAGAAAUGCAAAGAAUCCCCAAAAGAAAAGAGUUGUUCCUCUGUGAAGUCUGGUAAAGGGACAAGAAUUGCACACAGUAUGUCUCUCCACAUAAGAACUGAGUCUGAUGAAAGACGUCAUGUCUGUGAGGAAUGUGGUAAAGGUUUUGAUUAUAAAUCUAACCUCAGUAUUCACAUGAGAAUCCAUACUGGAGAAAAGCCUUUUUCUUGUAAAGAAUGUGAUAGAAGUUUUAGUAGAACAUAUCAUCUUAAAACACACAUGACAACCCAUACAGGAGAGAAGCCUUUUUUAUGUAAGAAAUGUGAUAAAAGUUUUAGUCAAUUAUGUAUUCUUAAUGCACACAUGAGAACUCAUACAGGAGAGAAGCCUUUUUCAUGUAAGGAAUGUGAUAAAAGUUUUAGUCAAUUAUCUAUUCUCAAUACACACAUGAGAACUCAUACAGGAGAAAAGCCUUUUUCAUGUAAGGAAUGUGAUAAACGGUUUAGUCAAAAAUCUAAUCUCAAAACACACAUGAGAACUCAUACAGGAGAAAAGCCUUUUUCGUGCAAAGAUUGUGAUAAAAGUUGUAGUCAACUAUCUGAUCUCAAAAAACACAUGAGAGUUCAUACAGGAGAGAAGCCUUUUUCUUGUAAAUAUUGUGAUAAAUGGUUUAGUCAUAUAUGUCAUCUGAAAACACACAUGAGAACUCAUACAGGAGAAAAGCCUUUUUCUUGUAAUGAAUGUGAUAAACGAUUUAGGGAUGUAUCUCAUCUCAAAAAACACAUGAGGACUCAUACAGGAGAAAAUCCUUUUUCUAGACAAAAAUUGUAAUUAAGAAUGAAGUAAAAAUCUUGCAACUUAAAUAAAGGAAAAGACACCACAGGAUUUGUAAAGAAAAAACAAUAAUGGUUUGAAUUGGAGGGUUGUAAUAUUGUGAUUUUUAUUUAACAGGUAAUAAAAAUAAACCUAAGCUUUUGUCUCAGAAUUAAAAUUUAAAAUGAGAGCGACAGGGUUCCUCGCGGAGUCUUAAAAAGACUUAUAAAAUCCUCGACUUCGAUCAUUUAUAAAUAAGGCCCUAAAAAGCAUUGAAUCUUAAAAUUUUAGAGUUUGUGUCAUUAAAAUGGUGUAGUCUAAAACUUUGUCUGUAUGACUUUUCUGUUCUAAAGCUUUUUUCUUUUCUAAAUCAUAUUUUAUUUAGUUUUUUCUUUAUUAUACAAAACAACAUAAAAAGGGGAAGAAAAAAAGAGAAAGAAAAAAGAAGAAACAUGUUGGUCUGGGCUAGGACAAAUAAAAAUACAAUAAAGGGUAGAAAGUUUGUAGACAAGUUAAAUUAGUAAUACAUAUUGACACAAUUCUACUUGAACGUACACACGUAUAGAAAAGUAGAAUGUAAGAUUAAUAAAGGAUUGCGAGAGGAUUAAUAUUGAGGUGACAUAGUCAAGCAUGAAGAGUGCGAUUCCAAUGAACCUGAACCCUUUUGAAGGGUUUCAGUCAGAUCCCUAGAUAAAUAUUCCAACACAGGGCGCCAUAAAUCCAUGAAAAAAUGUCCUUAUUCCUUAACUUGGCACCAAUUCAUGGUGUAAGUUUUGAAAAUUUCGUUAUAUCACUGAGUCACAGUGGGAGGUUUUUUCUUUAAUCCAGUUAAGUAAGAUGCACCUUUGUACUAAAAAAAA